AGUAUGGCAGAAACUUCAGUACAGGUAGAUGUAAGAACGCUCAAAUGGGACCUACUACCCAAUAAUGAGCAUCUGAAAAUCAGCACAGCAGAUUGCCUUAUACUGGGAGCUGGUACACUGGGUUGUGCAGUUGCAAGAUCUUUGUUGAGUUGGGGUGUAAGAAACAUAACAUUUGUUGACAAAGGCAAUGUAUCUACUUCAAACCCAGUAAGACAAAGUUUAUUCACUUUUCAAGAUUCAAUUGAUGUCAAACCGAAAGCCAAAGCAGCAGCCGAUAAUCUUAAAUUAAUUUGCCCAGGCGUGAAAACUAGUGGUCAUCAAUUUACCAUACCAAUGCCUGGUCAUACAGAGGACUGUUCAAUGGAUCAGACCGUCGAAGAUGUCGAAAGAAUCUCUCAGCUCAUAGAAAAACACGAUGUAAUUUUUUUAAUGUUGGAUUCUAGAGAAAGUCGAUGGUUGCCUACAGUUAUAGCAGCGGCUAAGAAAAAGAUGGUAUUAAAUGCAGCACUCAGUUUUGAUUCUUACCUAGUAAUGAGGCAUGGUAUAUAUAUGGAUCAAAAUCCUACACAAUCAGAGCAACCAUUCGAAGACUUUCCUUGUCCUAUUGGAAUGAAAUCAUUAGACGGAAGAAAAUUGGGAUGCUAUUUUUGCACGGAUAUUAUUGCACCCGGUGACUCUACGAAAAACAGACCUCUGGAUCAACAGUGUACCGUUACUAGACCCGGAGUCUCACAAAUAGCAGGAGCUUUGGCUGCUGAAAUGGCCGUUUCUCUAAUAAUACACCAAAGAGGGGUUGCAGCUCCAGCAUUUUAUGUCUCAAAUCAGAACGUAAAUAACCUUGGAAUAGAAAAAUUGGAUCCGUCUCACUUAGGAAUAGUCCCGCAUUCCAUAAGAGGAUUCGUAUCUUCUUAUGAGCAAUUUUCACCAGCCACGGAAAAGUACAGCAACUGCGUUGCUUGUUCAGAUUUCGUGAUAAAGCAGUAUCGAGAACUUGGAAUGAAAUUUCUAUUUGAAGCAUUGAAUAAUCCCAAGUAUUUGGAAGAGGUAGCCCAAGUGCCACAUUCUACUGCCGAUGUUGAUAAAGUAACGAUGUUAAAUGAUGUGUAUGAAACAGAUGUUGAUGAAGAAUUUGAUGACUGGUUAAUGGAGACAUAAAAGAUCUUAAAGGAUAAUUCAAUGGCUUUUUUUUUUCUAUAAUUUGCAAACUACUGUAAUUACAAUUUUUAAUAAAAAUAAACAUAUAUACUUGUA